CUCGGAAUACGAACUUGAAUUCCUAGGAUUUGUAUCUCGCCUUCUUAUAUAUUCCUUUCAUAUUUAUUAGCAAAUUUAUAAUACAGUAUCGGCAAUGACUUCCGCGGCGAAAGCUAGGAAGGUUAUCGAAGACAUAAGGCGGGAUAUCACAUUGGAUGGAUCUAUCGGCGAGGAGAAAUCGAUUCUCCUGGCGCUUGAAAAUGCACUUGAAGUGUUGUCCCAACAAAUCUACAACACAUCAACCCAUUUUCUUAGGGAACUUAUCCAAAAUGCCGACGACAACACGUUCAAGCUUGUGAAACCCGAUGCCAGACCAACCCUGAAUUUCACCUAUAAGAAAGGUGUCUUCCGAGUUGAUAGCAAUGAGGUCGGCUUUUCCAUUGAAAAUGUCCAAGCAAUCUGUACAAUCGGUCAGAGCACCAAGGAUGGAAUCGGCUUUUCAAAGCAGCAUAUCGGCGAAAAGGGUAUCGGCUUCAAGUCAGUCUUCCGUGUGGCCAAAGUGGUAUCUAUUUCGUCUGGGAACUUUUCGUUCAAAUUCGACAAGGCGGAGCAGCUUGGUCUGAUUGCACCAAUAUGGGCCGCGUUUCCCGAAAAGAUUCUCCCUGGAUUCACGUCGUUUCAUCUACAGCUAGACAACUAUGAAGAAGAACUCGUCCAGGAACUCAAGAACCUUGAUCCUAGGGUACUCAUUUUUCUUCGGAAACUGAAGGAAAUAAAUAUCACGAUCACGGACAAGAACGGGAAAACGUCGCAUCGAAAGCUCCAAAGGACUGACGUGGAGGAAACUGAUAUCAAGAUCACGACGCUGCAUGAAGACAACAGAGAUUCUCAGUAUCUCGUCACGAAACAUCGAGUUAUUGGGCUCCCUGUUGAGCCCAAACGUCCCAAAUGCUCAGAAUCCGAAAUCCUACUCGCAUUUCCAGUAACCGACUUCAAUACGGGAUCAACGCUAGAUUCUCAGAGCGUGUAUGCUUUCUUGCCCAUCAAAAGCUAUGGUUUUCGGUUCCUGUUACAUGGAGAGUUUCUGCUUACAGCUAGUCGACAAGAUAUCGACACUUCUUCUUCAUGGAAUCGUGUCAUCCGUAACGCGGCGGCCGAUGCAUUUGUAAAGACCAUGAAACGCUUGAACUCGGGAAAGCUGAAGUACUAUUGGCCGAGAUACCUACCUGUUGAUGACAUUCAUUCUUUCUUCGACCCGGUGAAGAAUAAAAUCCUAGAGCGGCUAGCUAAGGAACCUUUGUUACAUUCCUGUGAACCCUCUGCGGAAAUUAUGGCCAUCCCGUCGUCUCUCAUUUAUGUUCCACAAAAGAAGUUUGCGGGAGCUGACGGCACCCCUUUUACGCUAAGCUCCCACACGGCCACGACUUACUUAUCGCUAAAGUACCCGGACUGGGUGAUUGACAAACUCUGCACUCUCAAGGUCAAAAUCUUGUCUCCUGAGCAGUUUCUGCGUCACCUCGCAUGGAUGAUUUCACACGAACCUGGGACUUUCCGAGGAAUGCCCAAGGAAUGGCAUUCACAACUUGCGAAGGUCCUACUGAAGUUAGCAACGGAACGCGCUUACAGAGAAUUGAUAUUAGACAUGGAAAUCAUACCGCUGAGAAGGAGCCAACCACCGCAACAUUCUGUCGAAUGGGUCUCGGCUCGCAACAGAAGAAUUUUUUUCUCGAAGAAUGCCCGUGGCCUUGAUAUCCCAAGCAGCGUCAUCGUCAUGGCAGACAUCGUGGACCAAGAAGCCGAGGACGACUUUGAGCGACAGAGUUUGUUCCGACAUCUGCAUGUGACGGAUUGCGACACUGCUGAAAUUAGCAAGCUGAUUAUAGAAAUGCAUAGCCAGGAAUGGUUUAAGUCCCUAAGGCUCGACGCUGGCCAGUUGCUCUCACAUGCCUUGUUUCUCUACAAGUCUUCGUGGUGCCCGCGGCCCGGUGACCAACGCGCGACCCUCUGGCUCGCUACAACCAAGAAGGGCGUCUCUCGCCUGAGCUUAGAUCUAUAUAUCCAUGGAACCUUCGACAAGGAGUCGACGCUGGCUAAUAUUACAAAGCAGCUCGAGAAAAGAUAUCUCUUCGUCCACCCUAGUUACCUCGAGGCUGUCUCAAAUGACACUGGUUGGCUGAUAUUUCUCUGCAAAUCUUUCGGCCUCGAGCGGAUGCCUAGACUUGUCACCAACUUGUCAGCUAACUCUCCUGACCACUUUAAACUCUCGGAGGAUUUUAAAUUCGUCUUCGAUAGCUGCACAUCAGUAGACGCUCUUGAGCUACUGCGAGACCACUGGCAGCAUUAUUCGCGAUGGAUUGAAGAUGGCGGUGCGUUUGAGGACACAGCAUGCCGUGCCUCUAAGGUUGCAGUAAGAGCAGCUAUAGGCGCUCUCGAAGCGGUCUGCCACAAUGGCUGUUUCCCCCUACAAGGAACACUCCUGCCGGCGGUUGAUCAUAUUGUGGACGAAUCCCCUUUUGCUCGAACGCUGAAAAUUAGAGAUCCGGAAAAUCAGCAAUGGGAGUUCCUUAAACACUUUGGGGUCGCCGUGAAGAGAGAUAUUCACUAUUAUCUCCGAUGUCUAAAGCACAUGACAGGUACUAAGGGCAUCCCAGAGAAAACAGUUACUCACAUAUACGAACGAAUCCAGUAUGAGUAUCCAAAUAAUAACGGGGAACUCAUCUUCACGACCUUUCAGAAGCAUAAUUUGAUAUAUACGAAACGCGGAUCAGCAGAGGCUACACCAACAUCGUGCUGGCUCAGUUUGGAUGAAUGUAUUGCCAGGAAACUCAACAUUGAAGCGGAGUACCCCCAAUGCACUACCUUAUUUCGGUGCCUUUUGGCGGGCGGUGAAGGCGAAGUUGGAUCUCUGAUCGCGGAAAUUACGUUGAUCAAAGACUCGACUGAACUAAGUCGAAUAUCUGAGCUCUUCACCAAAGCAAACCAAGCGAUGGCGGGAAUGAGUGGCAAAAAGAUUACCCAAGCUGUCAAUCCUUUAAGGCCGAGGCGUGUCUUUCCGAUACUUGAACGUAAAGGCGACGCAGAAUUUGACUCGCUUAAGGUGCUGGGCGACGACAACAAUUGGUUUGUCGCUGAUCUUGAUCACUUGAGAGAAUGCUUUCUUGGCGUCGUAGGCCUACUCGCAUUUUCGGCGGACGACCUAGAAUCCAUGGAUACCCUUUUAUCGGCUCUUGACCUUGAUUUCCGCCGGCUAUCACUUCUCGUCAAAAGUGAGACUACAGCAGGGGGCAUUACCAGCAUGGACUGGUCUUGCACGGAGUUUCUACGAGCCAGAUCUGGUUUUGUUAUACCCUUAAUUCCUAAGGCGAAGGCAAAUCGAGACGCCAUAUGCAGCCAGAUACGACGAGCUAAGGUCAAGAGCGCAGAAAGAAUUGUACAAAGAAAUGUCUUGCUCGCUCCCGAUGGUGUCGAGUUUGUUGGUAGCGGGGUUGGCGAGGUUGCAUUCAUUUCAACCACGGAGAGCUUGGAAAUAUUCAUGACAGCGGAGGAGAUUUCCGAUUGGGAACCACCUCUCGCCCUAGUCGAGGGAAUUGCGGACCGUUGCGGCAUAGAGGAUGCAAGUCAUCGAAGUCUGCUGCAAAAGGCCUUGGGCAACACCCAACCCAGCAAACUCAUAUCAGAAUUCCGAAAACGAGGCAUCCAUGUCAACGAGACUACACUAAGAGAUGCUAUGAAAUCGACGAAUCCUAAGUCAAAAUAUGCCGCCCUUUCAGGGGACGUGUCAACGAGCAAAUCUCCGUUCCCAGAGAUGGAUUUAGAAGACGACUUAAGCGCUUUUCUUGACGGAUUAUCGUCUAGUUUUCGGCGAACCCUAUCCGGCAUCGUUCGGUAUGGGGACUCUCCGAGCGUAGAUUCCAGCAGGAGUCUGCCAUUCAUGGAUUUCACAAAAGUAAAUUCUCAAAAACUUCAUUUCAAUGGCAUUACCGAUCGUGGAGAUAAUUGCGCCAUCACCACACGAGCCACUUUAAUAGAAAUCUUAUAUCUCGGUGAACUCAUUACCUCGAAUCUUUUCCAGAAUGCAUUAGGAAAACAGUACGACCCAGAAAUUCAUUGGACAAGCCUGUUGCGACACAGAGCAGGCUAUAAGCCAUUUACGGGUGACACCGGAACUUCUGCUUCUUUCACAAUCUCAGAUAGGCGUACGGCACAGAAGGUAGCGGAAUUUCUUACUGAGAGUGGCUAUUGGGCCGCUGUAUGUUGGAAGGAUCCAAUGAAUAGCUUGACUGGGCCGCCGACGUUUCACUUUGAUAUUGCUGUGACGCCUGGAGAUGAGAAGUCGACUUUUUCUUGGGAUACUUCCCAGCUUGAGAGAAUGCGAAAAUUUCGGAUGGAUUCGAAAUUAAAGGAAAUGCCAAAGGAUGUGCUCAUUCUAGUGAGGGUCUGCAACGCCUAUGUCGACCCCCGCAUUGACCUCUUCGUUGAUCCUUGGAGCCUGUACACUUCCGAUCGAUUUGUUCUGCCCCAACUCUGGGGCUUGACUGCAAGCAUUGAGGACAAGCCCCCAUCGCCGACCUCUAAUGCAGGAGCUCACAGAAACCACCAGUCUUCGUGGUGCAACACUACUCAAAGAUUGGCGCCUGUCGACACGCCAUGGCAACCGAAUCAAUCAAUGUGGGAUAACAUGGAGCCUACAUUAUAUGAUUUACGUCCGUUUUUCGGGUAUGUCAAUGGUCUAAACCAGUCUUCAGAAACUCCAUCUGUAGCAGAACCUGCCUCUCACGCAACCCAAUUCAUGAAACCCCUGAAGGUCUCCAAUACGUCAAGGAAGUCAGCCCCACCGCUAAAUUACAAAUACAAGCACUUGAAGGACGGUCAGAUGCGUCUUCUAAGCCUCUUGCCUGGACCAAGGGACGCGGAGCUUCGGGGUGUAGUUUACCACGCUUCGCUGAAGGACCCUGGGGAUUUCAGAGCACUUUCGUACACAUGGGGCACUACGGACAUGACGAAUUCCAUGUGGACGCCAGACGGUACCAUUAAACUAACGUUGUCCUUGCAUGCUGCUCUGAAAUGUGUGCGACACCCGAAAGAGCCCAUGGUGCUAUGGGUUGACGCGCUCUGUAUCAAUCAAGACGAGAACGACCAGGAAGCGAGAGCGGAGAAAGCUAAGCAAAUUAGACUCCUCCCCCGCAUCUUCCAGAACUCCACCUGCGUCCUGGCGUUCCUUGGAAAUGACGAGCAAAGCGAUGCUGCCCUAGAGACACUGAUGCAAAUACAGGCGAAGGAUGCCAUCAAGGAGAACUCCGGAGAGUGGCCUGAUGGCCUCUCCAAAAUUCCACCUUCCUGGGAUGGACAGCCCAUACCGCUCCAAAACGAUCCGAUAUGGACAGCGAUCGGUGCUCUGUUCGAACGCCCCUGGUUCCGCCGGGCAUGGGUGAUUCAAGAGGUCGUCGUUGCUCCUAGUGUUCGGGUCAUCUGCGGGGCAUGGAUUGUGGACUGGAACGAUCUCUUCAGCGCCGUCGAGGUCAUCCAACGUGUAUCCGACGUCUCAUCCGACGUGUUCUCACUGGUUCGACAGAAUUGGGCCUACUUCAUUACCUUAGCAAAGCAACGCGAGCUCGAAGCAAACAAGACGCGAUUGCCCCUGUUUGAGCUCCUCGAAUCUUUCCGAUAUACCGAGUCUACUUGGCAGCGAGACCACUUCUUCGCGCUGUUAGGGCUCGCUAGCGACGGGGAAAAUUCUGCCUACGACCCCGAUUACAGCUCGUAUUUCGAGGUCAUCGUUCGUAGAUUUGCAUGUGCCCUGGCCAAGAAAGAAGGGGUCGUGGAGCUGCUAUAUCGGGCAGGGAUCAACUCUGAAGAGGCAAGGUUUCCAUCUUGGAUUCCUAACUGGACAGAAACAAAACAGGAUAGUCUCUAUUCGUUGUCCAGCCGAGGGACUAAAUGGGCCGCUGCACUGGACACAGAGCCAAACUUCCAAUGCGAUCCUAAUAGUGAUGAGUUGAAAAUCUACGGCCUUCUCGUGGAUAGAGUAGCCUCAGUCAGCUUCGCCAGUAACCUACCCGAGGAGUUGAAGUCGUAUGUCGACGAGGUCAACUUAAUGGUUGACUCGCUUUCGCUCUACUCUCAGGAGAACUCCGCAGAUUUGAAGUGGAAAAUCCCCAUCGCAGGAGCAUCGCACCCUAGAACUCUCUCUUCUGCUAACCUCGAUAUGAGAUUGUCCUACGAAGCUCUGAGAGAUUAUCUGGCUCAGGGAGUGAAGGAAAAAUCCGUUGCGACAGGUCCACCCGCCCGGAUACAACCAAGGGCUGGCGAAAUUGGGGUUUGCGUGGCAAAUCUGGGUCUCGUGUCGCUAAAGGCAAAAGCUCAAAACUAUCUUUCGGCACUCCAGGAAAACUUCAAGGGAUGGAAGUUCUUGAUUACGGAGAAGGGAUAUGCCGGAAUUGCCCCGCCUGGCGUUAGGCGGGAUGACAUUAUCACUAUCUUCCAUGGUGGUGCAGUACCGUUCAUUACAAGAAGCAGUAAAACACACGGCGCUUUUCAACUUGUUGGAGAAUGUUACGUCCAUGGCAUGAUGAACGGCGAAGGAAUAAGGUUCCCUGCCGGAAAGGUUAUUGGAAAAGGAAUGCUACGAUUGCAUUAAUAUAUGAACACGAGGCCUUGAAGAGAUGAUAGAACCGGAGUGGUCGAUGCCCGUUUGUUAAGGCCUUGGAAAUGGGGAGGCCCGUGUGACGGCGGGAUCGAGGCAAUGGCCAGGGCUCAAAGAUCCAAGAAUCUCAUAUAUUGAAAAUACUAAGCUAAAGAGAAGAAGGAGAGAGAGAGGGAAGAAGAAGGGGAUAAAGGGAGGGAAGUACUAGCUAACGAGCCCAUUCUCACUAGUCUGUGCGGUACAGGGCAAUUUCCUCGCUAAAGACCACUGAAGGGAAUUCCCAACUUUUUGAACUAUUACUCAAUUUAUUCUAGUAUUGUCAAUAAAUAAAUUUAACUACU